AACAGUACAAAGAGAGUAGCAAACGAAACCUCAGUGGAGUGCGGUCUCCAUGUCAGAGUCACUGACUGGCUUCAUUUCUUUUAUCACGUUAUCAACUAUACAACGAUUCCAAUGUUAUUCUUCUGGCCGGCCAUUAUUCUUGUCUUGCCUGAUUUCCUUUUCACUUUUGAGGACAAAGAAGACGCAGAAAAGGCUCCCGAAAAGACAGGCAAAGAAGAUACUUCGCAAACCCCAAAAUCUAAAAACUCUCGAACGAAUGCUAAGCAUCACAGAGAGGGGCUAGAAGAAUCAUUUGUUUUAUUAUCUAUGAGUGAGACGGAAGGAUCCUAUGGAACUAUUGUCCAAGAACCCUGCAUCGAAGGAAAUGUUUCAUGUUUUAAGAAGUGUUUAAAGAAAAUAAUUUGUUGCGAAAAGACUGAAGCCCCCCCUCCCCAACCACCACCUGAUUUGGGUCAGAAAACCCAUGAUUCUAAACGAGAGAGCGAUAACGUGACAAGUACCCCCUCAACAUCUGAUCAAAAUGAUGACCACACAAGUCAGAAAACUAAUGCUUCUAAACGAGAGAGCGAAAAAGUGACUCUCGGUGAAACAAAUACCCCUUCAACAUCUGAUCAAAGUGAUGCUGUCAGAAGUCUGAUUCCGGUGGAUGAUGUAAGCCCAAUAACGAUUAGGCGUCUGAUGCGCUAUUGUACAGGAAAGUCUUCAGUUUUCUGUUCUGACUACUCAAAGCUGCUUUUUCUUUAUUACAUAUUGCUUUUUAUAAUUUAUUACUAUAAAUUAUUUUUUAGUAUGCUAUAUAAAGAUCAUGACUUAAGGAGGGCGAUUAAUUUACCAGGUGCUCGUUUUGAAGGUCAAUUAUCCGAAUGGUUCAGUAUGACCACGGUGUACUUUGAUUUAAAUCCUAAAAUAAUCAUUCCAUUUGGACUGGUCUUGAUUGUUUUACCCCUCAUCCUGAUAUUUUACAUCAAACCUUGCGAUCUUCAAGAUUUGUGUUCAGAAUGUGGAAAGAACCCUUUCUAUCUUCGAACAGACAUACAUGAACAUCUACGGUCUGCACCCCGUCAGAUGGUUUCUGCGGCAAAGCCUUUUUUUUACCGGCGGCUGUGUUAUUGCAUUGUUCAAGAAAACAGGUAGUUCUAGAUGCUCAGCAUUGUGUUCAGUGCCUUCUGUCCGCUACUUUCGAAUUCUCGCAGGUAAACUCCAAAACGCUUAUCCUGCAAAAAAUGUAGGAAUUGCAAGUGCCUUAAAUUUUGUUUAGUAUUCGCGUGGAAAUGGAUUUUGUUUUUCACAUGUGGGCUGUUUUGUUCUAUUAUAUUAAGUGUGUGGUUUAUAGUAUUUUGGUGUGUAGGUUUGGCACUUUUGAUCUCAAGUAAUCUGCUUUGUUUCGCGCUGACGCAGGGGACAAUUCUAUUCUGGUAUUCACCAUUCUGGCGCCUUUUUUUGCUUGCAUGGCAUGUUAUUCGACAACUUAACACAGCUGAUCCCUCGGAGAGACUGCUGGAGAAAAGACCUUGUUUAAGCUGUACUUACAAAUGUUCCAUAGAAUGGUGUAAACGGUGUCUCAAAAAAUGCAAACAGUAUCUAGGGUAUGAAACUAAUAAACGUCCAGCAGCUGGUGAAAAUGGAAAUACACAUGCCGAACAAGGAAAUGAUUCAACAGAUCAUUCUAAUGCUGGGAAUAAAAAUGCACGAGCCGAACAAGAAAUUGAUUCAACAGAUCAUUCUAAUGCUGGAAAUGAAAAUACACAUGCCGAACAAGGAAUUGAUUCAACAGAUCAUUCUAAUGCUGGGAUUGUUUGUGCAGAUAUUUGGUCAUUUGUUUUAGCUCUCAUUUGGGCUUCAUUUGUGACUAUUGUAGCAUGUUUAAGCUGUCGAUUUGUUUCCAGAAUGACAGGGUUUGUAAUUGUCGGGCUGUUUUGGAAUUCAAAAGAGACCAUACCUUACAUAACUUUUUUAUAUGUGCUCAUGAACCACACAUCCUGUUGUUAUAGCAGUAUUCAGUCAAGGUACAAGGAAAUAAAAGUCAUGAUAUCAAAGCAACUGAGAAGCAAAGGCAGUGGCGAAAAAAUCGGUGAAGACGGUAAACGUCAAGGUGAAGGUCAAAGUGAAAGUGAAGGUGAAGGUCAAGAAAAAGGUCAAGUUCAAGAUAAAGAAACCAUAUUUUAUGGCGAUAACAUUCCUCUCGAUCUGUUCUGGUUUGUCUGCAAUGAUGGUAAGGUACUACCUCUGGUUGAUGAACUGUGCCUAAUGUUUGUAAGUGUUCUGGCAUUUGCGUUUGUUGUGUUUUUAGCAGUAGCUGCUAUUAUGUUUUUAGGCGAGGAAAACAGUGCUUUCCCCGAUGUAGUCACAGCACUACUCCAAGCAGGUGCUAUAUUGAUAAGUGGGAAAUUGCCAGAGUGGGUAUUUAAAAAAUUGAUCAAAGAAGAACGUUUUAUCGACGAUGAAAAGAUUGAGAAACAAAAAAUGGUGAAACAGGCUGUUAAGAAUUGGCACGAGAAGAAUCCAGCUGGUGAGGUGUAA